AUGGCCGGAGGCAAAGGAAAAUCUACCAAAGAAGCCGCAAAGACAACAAAGUCUCGCUCUGCAAAGGCUGGUCUCCAAUUCCCUGUCGGUCGUAUCCAUCGUCUCCUCCGUAAAGGAAACUAUGCUCAACGAAUCGGCAGUGGUGCUCCUGUCUACUUGGCUGCAGUCCUCGAAUACUUGGCUGCUGAAAUCCUCGAAUUGGCUGGUAACGCUGCUCGUGACAACAAGAAGACCCGUAUCAUCCCUCGUCACUUGCAAUUGGCCGUCCGAAACGAUGAGGAAUUGAACAAACUCUUGGGUGGUGUUACUAUUGCUCAGGGUGGUGUCUUGCCCAACAUUCACGCCAACUUGUUGCCCAAGAAGACUGCUGAACCUGCAGCAGCUCCCAAAGCUCCCAAAUCCAAGAAGGCCGCUCAAUCUCAAGAAUAUUAA